AUGUACCGUCUAUUCUUAACCGCCUUAAUUCCUCUCGCUCAAGCGAUCGACCUGCAACUCGACUCCCCAUCGUCGAUCAAAGAUGCCACCUCCAAGAUUGCCAACGAUAUGAUGACCUUUUACACCGGCGACGAGCCCGGUCAGAUACCGGGUCUACUUCCGGGCUCGCUCAACUGUAACCCUUCAGAACCCGACAACUAUUGUUGGUGGCAGGCUGGUGCCAUGUGGGGAUCAUUGAUCAAUUAUUGGCAGUAUACUGGAGAUGAAACUCAUAAUGCCGACGUGCGGCAAUCGAUACUCCAUCAACGUGGACCACAAGACAACUUCAACCCACCCAACCAUAGUAGCAGCAUGGGUGUAGACGACCAGGUGUUCUGGGCAUUCAGCGCACUGGACGCGGUGGAGGCAAACUUCCCAGAGCAAGAGGGCGCUCCAAGUUGGUUGAGCCUUGCGCAAGGGCUGUACAAUUUCCAGAUGAAGCUGUGGGAUACAAAUGCAUGUGGUGGUGGUUUCAGGUGGCAAGUCGUUCCUUUGAACCAGGGUUAUAAUCUGAAAAAUAUGAUUUCGAAUGGCGGAAACUUCCAGGUCGCGGCACGACUUGCUUAUAUCACCGGGAAUGAAACCUACGGUGAUUGGGCCACGAUGGUCUGGGACUGGAUGGCGAGUUCCCCCAUGUUUGAACGCAGUGAUGGCAUCCUUUACAUCUGGGAUAACUUGAAUGCCGAUCUGGAUUGCAAGGGCGAAGAGGCUCUUGUGCGCCUCAUCUGGAGCUACAACUAUGGUGUUCUUCUCGGCGGCGCAGCCUAUAUGUACAACUACACGGACGGAGACCCUCGAUGGCUGGACCGGGUGGAGGAAAUCCUCGAAAGUGCGUUUCAACUGUACUUCCCUGCGGAAUUUGGGGGCAAUAUCAUGGUCGAGUUCCACUGCGAGACGCAGGGGAUAUGCAAUCAGGAUCAGAAGAGUUUCAAGGCAUAUCUGUCCAGGUGGAUGGCGGUCACGGCAUUACUCGUCCCAUCCACCUAUGACCGGAUCAUGCCGAAGCUACGAGAAAGCGCAAUCGGGGCUGCGAGACAGUGCAAGGGAGGAGCAUCAGGGAACAUGUGCUCUGCCCAAUGGUGGUCGGAUGUGCCUACCGGUAGAACGGGAGUUGGUGAACAGAUGACUGCACUCGCUGUCAUCGGCGCCAACUUGAUCAAUCCCGGCAUGACUCCCCUGAGUCAGGCUUCCGGAGCGACAUCUGAGAGCAAGCCCGAUACUGGGGUGAAUACCGGCCCCGAUCCCAUUUCACGUAAACCCGUCACGGAUGGGGACCGGGCAGGUGCAGCCAUCUUCACGAUCUUAAUCGCAGCCUUUCUGGUCGGCGGUGCAGUGUGGUUGAUUUGGGAUUAA